AUGCGUCAUGUCUAUAUUCUCACGCAAUUUUGAUGAUUUGUUUUGUUGGUUACCCACCCCAUCCUAUUCAUUUGCGAAAUUCAUAAAAUUUAAUUUUGGUUUUUUGUAUUCUAAUUCGCUUUCAAAAUAGUUCAAAAUCGAUGAGAACGCUAUGUAGGUCCUUUCGCUCCAUGAAACGCCCAAUUCCAAACCCUAAUUUAUCGAAAUCAUCAUCGUCUCCUUCAAAACCAAAAUCAGAUUCAUGGUGUGUUUAUCUCAUCCUCUCCACCAACCAUCCCAUCAAAACCUACGUAGGAGUCACCACCAAUUUCCCUCGCCGUUUGAAGCAGCAUAAUGGUCAACUUAUAGGGGGUGCAAAAGCAUCCCGGGCUGGAAGGCCGUGGAUUUGUGCAUGCGUCAUUUGUGGUUUCACUAACCGAAGUGAAGCCUGUGCAUUUGAAUCAAAAUGGAAAGUUUUCUCAAGAAGAUCUCCCCGCAAAAAUCACAAUGACAAUCUCUCCAAGCAAAGUGAAGAUCCAUCACUUCCACUGCUGCGGCACAGGCAAGCAGCUUUAAAUAAAGUGAAAGGUUCACUCGACUGCACUCACUUAGAAAUUAACUGGCAUUUGGAGCCAUCGUGAUUCAACUGCCACAAUUUUACAUGUUUUAUUUAGUACGUGUUUGGAUAUACAAUGGAAAAUCACGGUAGAUAGAAACAACUUCCCUUAGCUUUUGUGGCUAUCCACUGUGAUUUUGGCUUCACCGUGUAUUCAAACAUGCAGUUAAUUGUGAUGAAUUCUACCUGCAAAAUGUGGGCCAAAUAUUUAAAUAACAACUGUACCAUAGACAUUGAUUGAUUCUUAUAGUAAUAGGUCUCUCUGUAUAGCUUAAGCUUAAGAGUAAUGAAAGAUCAUAUGUAAGAAGAGUCGUUGAAUGUAUCAAGCAUGAAAUGCAACAUUAUUAAUUUAUUCAAUAAAAAACCAUAUUUAUA